AUGUCGACCCCCCUCUCCGACGACCCCGCAGCAACCGCCACGCCGCCGCGGGAUUCCUCCGUGUCUGAAAACCCGCUCCUGCGCGCGUCGAACCCCCUCGUCUCCGAUCUCGAGCAGGAGGUGCUGGACGAGUAUACGAGGUUAUUAGGGAAUGUGAAUAAGCUCUCCGAUAAACUCGCCGACCUCUCAGGCGACCCUUCCUCGCUAACACUCGACGGACUGCGCCACCUCGAACGCAAGACCGCGACCGUGUGCACGUUGCUCAAAGCAAGCGUUUACAGUAUUGUGUUGCAGCAACAGAUCUUUAAUGAGAGUGAAGAGCAGCAGCAACAACAACAGCAACAGCAGGAGCAGGAGGAGGCGUAUCACGAUGGGGACGUCGAGAUGGGUUAUGAUGAUCAGUAUCAGCAGGGUGGGAUGAUGUAUGAGGGGGAUGAUGUUAGUUUUUGA